UAGGUAGUCUCUGCUUCGCAGCGGCCAAGGGCUUACCGUAUCGCAGCCAAUUCGUUUCACAGCUGAGUUGCGUCAUGGUAUCACUGGGCCUCGGGUCCAAUGCGCUACCUACAUGUGCAGCGCACACGACAUCCCAACAUCCGACCAGAAAUGCGAUUCGCAUGUGAUGCCAGGCCCGGUCACGAACAGCCAUCAUGGCGGGUCUCAACCUGAUCCCUAUCGCGGUCGCCGUGCCCCUCAUCAUGCUCAUCGUCGUGUUGAUGCCCGCGCUUCCCCUCGCAUGGGUUGGCAUCGCGGUCACCAGGACCGCUCAGGGCGUCCGCCGAGGAGAGGGUCGAGGCUGCACAGCAAGAAUCAUUGCCCGCUACAUCGCGAUGAGCGUGGUCCUGCCAUGCGUAGCGGUCCUCACCCUCAGUCUGAUGAUCAUCGCCCAGCUGGUCUUGGCGCCACUUACCCUCUAUCGCCAUGUACGGAACCUCUACGAGACUGUUCUCUGGCUAUCCCUACGCCUGGACCCAAUGACCCAUCCCAUCGACGCCUUAGCCGCACCUCCCAAGCCGGACACCGCUGGCACGGAUAUCCCCCAGGAUGCGAGCUCUCUUCCGCACUACACGUUCACCUCGCUCCCACCAAAUCACAUCCGCAUCCUGUGCAUUCACCCGGGGGCUCAUAACACACCGCUCUGCGGCAGCAUAAUAACCACCCCCCUUUCUUCCGCCCCGAAGUACGACGCGCUGUCCUACGCCCAGGACACGACUCCCGUCGACGGCGCCGACAACUCUAACACAGAAGAAACCAGGAGGGAGCCGCUUCUCUGUCUUGACCACACCUCCUCCUCGCAAACUCCAGUCUGGGCAGCGCUGCGGAUCACAGCAGACUGCGCAGCCGCGCUCAGACGUGUGCGAUCGGAGGGUGGGAAAACGCGGAGGCUGUGGCUCGACGCGGUGUGUAUCAACCAGGACAACCCGGUCGAGAAAUCGGUUCAGGUGGGCAUGCGGGAUAAGAUCCUCUGUGCCGCGCGGCGGGUGGUGGUGUACACCGGCGAGGGCGACGAAGGUACGGACCAGGUUUUAGAUUGGGUUAACUCCCUCCCAUCUUCAUCGUUGGAGCAUGGGGAGAUGGAGCUCAUGAGUUUGAGGGGCGGAGACCUGAGCUUGCUUGGUGAGAGACAGGGACGCGAUGAAGUGGUGGGAGUGAUGUGGAGCGGGAUGCCCGUGAGGACACGGGAGAGGAUGGAGCGGCUUGCCACUCAGCUGGCGGAGGCGUGGAGGAGAUAUGGAGUGGACGUCUGGCGGCUUGCGGAACAGCGAUACCGUUCGUCGGUUGCCGCCCUGGGUCUGGACCCUGCGGCUCCGUCUGCUCCAAGGCCGGCACCAGAGAAUUUGCUUGGGGUGUUAGAAGCAUAUUUCUCCCGUCGCUGGUUUUGGAGGGUGUGGUCGCUGCAGGAGCUUGCGGUGCCUGACCUGCCGCGGAUCACGUUUAUCUGCGGCACCAGAGAAGUCACGGGACAGAGGAUGCUGCAUCUUAUGAGACUGCUGAAGGAUGCUCGGGUUUCGAAGAACUCGGACACGGCGAAAGCGGUCGGGCUGUUUCUGCAGCUGCGGGCGAACGCGGGCCCGAGACGGCCUCAACUAUUGGAUCUCCUUAUCCAAACGCGGAACCACCAGUGCGAGGACCCCAGGGAGAGGGUGUAUGGAAUCCUCAGCAUCGCGAUGCUGCUCCACGGUAGUAGCUCUACCUCGGCAGGCCUACUGGCAAACAUAGACCAUCGGGUUUCAGUGAGCGGUAUUUACGCCGCUCUUUCAGCUCAGCUCAUAAAACAGUACGGUCCGGGUUUCUUCCUAGCUCUGAUCAAGUCUCCGCAGAGGGUCAGCGGGCUGCCCUCGUGGGCGGCUGACUGGACCGCGCCUUGGCCAAACGCGCGUGCGCUGGCAUUUAUGGACUGCGGUGCGCAGCCACGAUUCGCGAAUGAGAAGGACUGUGUCCUGGGCUUCCAGACCGAGCAGACGACCGAUCGCACCAUCAUGAAGAUCAUGAGGCCAAGGAUUGUUAGAGGGUUCUUUACCCGCGACGGGCACCUCGACGGCGUUGCGAGAACGCGUAUCGAGAACGUCCGGCAACUUAACAAAGAUGAGGACCUCGUCGAGAUAUUUCCCGGCCUAGCCUUGCUGCUGAAGAGAGAAAGGGGCGAGUCGGAGAAGUAUACAUUCAUCCGGGCAUGCCCACAUGCUCUGUCCAGGGAUGGCUUGGAAAGAAUUGUGGCCAGUUGGAGCAGGGUGGUGGUUUUCCAGGAAGAAAUCGGACGCCAGGAUCUGGAAGGGUCGGCUUCUAAAGCGUAUUUGAGUCUUCCAAGGGUCUAUGAGAUAGUUUGACGCCUCCUUGCCGGCGU